ACUCGCCUCCCCUCGGGAAAUUCCUGGCCAUGUGGGGUCCAUGAAUCCUUCUUUGGUUCGCGCGGGUGCUCGCGGUCGAAUCAAAGAUACGCCGUGUACAGUAUCGCCCAGUGGCCCAACCUUCUGUCGACCACGGGCGGCACGUGCAGCACUAGCUACUCGAUGGCGUCCACCAGCCCGCGGCGUGAAAACGCCCUGUCGCUGUCGACGGACUCUUUGACGUUGUCGUUGGGGCAAGACUAAACAGGACACUGGCAAGGCACGCCACCAACCAGCGCCAACGAAUCACCAUCAUCCACACCCACGUUGACCGCAGCAAGUGCAGUGGCAUACUGUAUAUCAUUUCCCACCACAGCAGGCCCGCGGUCGUCGAUCUUGAGAAGACACGCGCCGUGUGGCGAGGGCGCGCCGACGAUUCAACUACACCUACCCAGUCGAAUGUCCGGUGGCCCUGAACUCGAGCCAGCACGUCCGCCGUGAACGAACCGACCUGGCGGUGGCCAUGCUUUGCUUGUACUGCACGGGUUUAGCGAUCCCGCGCGGGUUGAAUCCCGCAGACAGGCACUUCAACAAUUCCCACGUGCUAUUUCGCUCGCUUGGGACAAAAACCACGCAACGAAUGGCGUGUUUCAAACGUACGAAGGACAUUUCAAACGAAUCUUGGACGUUUUAAACGCGUUUGAAACGCCAGCCACCCCCUCGCCAAACUGCCGUCGAACCUGUCCACGUGGGACAUUUCCCAGCGAUGAAAACAAUCAACAUGGACGUAGCCGCGAGCGCGGAGGCCCAGUCCACAACUUCCACGAAGGUCGACACGACGCCAUGGUGCUCAUCUCCGACAUCUCGCCAGGUCCGGCAUACUUUCUCAUGAUGCAGAACCCAUGGAGUGACUACGAACCCAUUUGCGUUGAACGCCACUACUCCAUUGCAACACGCAAUGCCGCCAAGCCGCAACGCCGAGCCAAUAGCACGCAUGAACAUAAAGUCCCCAAGACGAAGCAAACGCGGUCGCAUUCGUUGCAACAUGCCGCGGUCCACGCUGCAGUUGCAGCCCCUGAAGCAGAACUUGCAGAGACCGAUACAUUCGCAUCCCUUCAGGUCCAUCCCAUCCCGAACAACAACCAAAUGGACGAUGACGAGGCCACAAUAUGUCAUCCCCACACGAUGCUCCUUCGGUCCAUGUCGGAUAUGCCGUUGACAAAGUCGGUCUCGACUCACUAUGACAUGCCCGAACUCAUCGGCGGCUCCUCUACCGAUAUCCUGUCCGACCCGAAAGUGUCCAAAUUUCUUGUCCCAAAGAUCGAAGCGUGCUUACCCUAUCGAUUCCGCCACAAGAACUGGAAACUUUCGUUCAGUUUGGCGCAACAUGGCGCAUCGCUGCAUACACUUUUCCACCGCGUCCGGCGCCAGGAAACCACGAUCGUAGUGAUCGAAACCGCGGACGGCGAUAUCUUUGGCGGGUUCGCGACCGCGCCAUGGACGCCUUGCGGGCUGUACUACGGCACAGGCGAGAGCUUUGUGUUCACGUGCCACCACAAGUUUGAGUUGUUUCCGUGGACUCGCAAAAACACACUUCUCUUGUUCAGCGACGAGAGCACGAUCGCGAUGGGCGGCGGCGGCGGUUUUGCGUGGGCGCUCAACCACGACUUGUCCCAGGGCACGAGCGCGCCAUCCAUGACGUUUGACAACCGGUGCCUCGCGAGCCGAUGCAACUUUGCCGUGGUCAAUUUUGAAGUGUGGCAGUUUGCGAGCAAGUAUGAAUAAGCCGUCGAGGCUGUCGCGAGUGGAUUGUCCAAGUGGUUUAAUUUAUACGACGUUCAUGACGUGGUGUGGGUAGCGGGAUCGCUCCCGUCAGUGUUCUCGAGGGGGUCACGUUGACGUACUGAGCACAGCGCCGAGAUGAUAGAGCCGCAUUGUGCGAACGCAUUGAGUUCCGCUUCGUCACCUUGCCGUGUUCACCUUGAUGCCAGUCUGGGAGGCGUCGGUACAUAUUGGUCGACAACCCACCACGUACAGAAAGUUAGCAACACAGCGUGAUAGUGCUUGCGGGCAUUAAGGGCGAGUAGUCCAAGGGCACUCGCAAUGUAGCUGUCCUACAUCAAUCUAUUUCGCCA